AUGCCGUCCUACAACAAGCGCUCACUCGAUAUCGCGGACAUUGUCAACCAAGAGGAUUCGGCGGACGAAGAUUACGAUGACCGCGCCCCAGGGCCUUCCAAAUCACGCUCUUCGCGAUCCCGCAAGCAACGUGGAGCUCCUGCCCGCAAGAAGCGCCGGCGAGGUUACCGAGGCUCCGACAUCGAUAGUGAGGAUGACGACAUAGUCUCUGACGAAGAGGACUCAUUUGAUGAUGCUGAUGACCACGUCGAGACCAAUGAAAGAGGAAGACCUGUUCGGCAGACGACUAAGAAGGCGGUCAAGUACGACGUAGACAGCGACGAUGAGGACGAUCUGUCCAAAUCCUCGUCCGAGGAACCACAGACUCCUCCGCCCAGAAAGGGUAAAAAGCUCAUCAUCACUCUCAAGACGGGCAAUACGCCUGCUAGGUCUACUCGCAAUCUGAGAACUCGAAGCGGCAGUUAUGUCGGCACCACCGCCAAUUCCUCGGCGCCAGCGCCAGGAUCGGGAGCCACACGGAGGAGCAGUCGUAUUUCUCACAAUGAAGACGAACCCGUGGUCGCACUGACGAAUUCCGGCAAUCACGUCGAGGUUAUUCGAGCUGGGUCCCGAGACCCUGAGGCUAUCCCUUCAAGAGCCAUGACAGGUGGAAAAGGGCUCAAAUAUCCUUCGAAGAGUACCAUCGAUGAGGAGGCAGAGUCUGCUGCCAAAGAAGAGGAAGUCGAAGAAGAGCUUGAGAUCAAAGCUUCGCAACAUGAACUUUUGGAGAGCGAUCCACAAAACCCUGCUGAGCUCGGUGGGGGAGGAGAAGCUCUGCCGAAGGUCGUCUCUGAUGUUGUUGGUGCAGAAGCGGAAGCAGAAAGCGAUGCCGAUUUUGGUGCUAACCAAGCACCUGCGACCCAAGAAGAUGCCGACAUGGAAGCCGAAGAGCCAGACGACGAUGAAGAUGAAGAUGUCGUCCCGCAACGCAGACGGUCAACGCGGGGAGCUUCAAAGAAGAAAGAUGAAUCACCGGAGUACGAACCCGAGGAGCCGGCGAAGCGUUCGCGUGGCCGCUCCUUGAGAAGUGGCGCAAAAGCCAAGGCGUCAAGGAGUCGGCGGCGAAAGCCACAAGACGAAAGCAGUGAUUUUGAUCCUGACCAAGAGCAAGACAACCAAGACGAGAUGUCGGAUUCGGAGGGAUCCAACGCCUCGCCUCGCAAAGACGAUUACGAGAGCAGCAACAACGGUCGAAGAUCCACCCGUCUUCGUAGCAAAGCUGCGUCAAGGCAGAGGUCAGAGGCUAGCGAUCAGCUGCAUGAACUUGCCGAAGAGGUCGCAGACCUAAAGCGUGACGGAAGGAAACAGCGACAGCCUCGAGACGAAAUCGUUUUCGAGCCUCGUCAACGACGCGGCGGGAAGAAACCAAACUACGAUUUGCUUCGUAACCUUGCCCCUAUCGAAGAUGAGGAAGAUGCUGCGCCGUCUCCUUCGCAACGCCCUCGGAAGCCUGGCGCUGGUAGCUGGCAGCGGAGCCUGUUCGACACCUAUGGCCCCUUUGGAGGCGGCACAGGCCUGCCGCCGUUACUUGGUGGUGAAGCGCAAGGACCCCGGGCUCAGGGCGGCGUCGACUCAGACAGCAGCGACGACGAGGGCUUGAAACCAGCCAGGCCUGUUGGGGGAGCUGUUGGAAUGACUCCCGCUGGUUCUGGGGCGUUCAACCUUUUCGCUCAAAAUCUCAAUAACGAUGCCGCACAGGCUACCGCUGGAACUCCGGCCAACUUGGGCAAGAUCAAGGACAAGCAAGCCCUCGCAGAUGCCGAUCCUCUCGGCGUGGAUCAAAAUGUCAAUUUUGACAGCGUUGGUGGUCUACAAGGGCACAUCGACCAAUUGAAGGAAAUGGUUGCAUUGCCACUCUUGUAUCCGGAGAUCUUUAUGCGCUUCAAGAUCACCCCUCCUCGCGGUGUUUUGUUCCAUGGGCCCCCGGGUACCGGUAAGACACUUUUGGCUAGAGCUCUAGCUACCAGCGUUAGCUCGCAAGGUCGAAAAGUCACCUUUUACAUGCGCAAAGGCGCAGAUGCUUUGAGCAAGUGGGUUGGCGAGGCUGAAAGACAGCUACGCCUGCUCUUCGAGGAAGCUCGCAAGACCCAACCUAGCAUUAUCUUCUUCGAUGAAAUUGAUGGUCUCGCCCCUGUCCGGUCUAGUAAGCAGGAACAGAUCCACGCCUCCAUCGUGUCCACCUUACUGGCCUUGAUGGAUGGCAUGGAUGGGCGUGGCCAGGUGAUUGUCAUCGGCGCCACCAAUCGGCCGGACUCUAUUGAUCCUGCUCUAAGAAGACCUGGUCGGUUUGAUCGAGAGUUCUAUUUCCCCCUUCCGGACACCCAGGCGCGACGAGCCAUCAUUGACAUCCACACCAAGGGAUGGGAUCCCCCGCUACCUGCGCCCAUCAAGGAUGAGUUGGCCGAGUUGACAAAGGGGUAUGGAGGAGCAGACUUGCGGGCCUUGUGUACUGAAGCGGCAUUGAACGCGGUCCAGCGGCAAUAUCCUCAAAUUUACAACUCGACUGAGAAGCUCCUGAUUGAUCCAAAGAAAAUCCAAGUCACACCCAAGGACUUCAUGAUUUCCAUCAAAAAGAUGACGCCUUCAUCAGAGCGAUCCACCUCUUCAGGCGCAGCUCCUCUGCCUCCCAGCGUCGAGCCGUUACUGAGACCGCAGCUCGACCAAAUAGAGCGAAUAGUGGCCGAGGUUUUGCCACAUAAAAAGAGACUCACCGCCUUGGAAGAGGCCCAGUAUGAGGAUGUUGCGGACGGUCAGAGCUUUGGUAGAGAACGAAUGCAUCAAGCGUUCGAGGCAGCCAGGGUCUUCCGCCCCCGCUUGCUGAUACAAGGGAAAGUCGGCAUGGGACAACAGUACAUUGCCGCUGCCCUGCUGCACCACUUUGAAGGACUUCAUGUGCAGGCAUUUGAUCUCCCCACGUUAUUAAGCGAUACCACGGCUUCGCCUGAAUCGACUGUCAUCAGGCUCUUUGCCGAAGUCAAGAUGCACAAGCCAAGCGUCAUCUACAUUCCUAAUGUACAUGAGUGGUACAAUACUGUGGGUCAAACCGUGAUUUCGACUUUCCUCGGACUCCUAAGGUCCAUCAAGCCUACCGACCCAGUACUGCUUUUGGGUUUCGUGGAAGGUGAUCCAGAGGAUGUCGAGGAAGACAUGAAAAAAGAACUGUUUGGAUAUUCCAAGAAGAACCGGUUCCAAUUGAGAGAACCUGGUCAUGAAGAGCGGUUCGACUUCUUCCGCGCCCUGAGGGACUAUAUCAGAACGGCACCCGAUGAGUUCCCCGACCCCGAGAAGCGGAAGAAGCGACAACUCGAACAGUUGCCGGUGGCUCCUCCAGAGCCCGAGAAGCCGCCGCCACCUCCAUCCAAAGAAGAGCUCAAGGCACAGAAGAAGCGGGACCGCCAGACACUGAACAUGCUCAAGAUUCGGUUGCAACCCAUCAUGGAUCAAAUCCGGACCAAGCACAAGAAAUUCCGCACUGGUGUUAUUGACGAGAAUCAAAUCCGCUACCUCUAUGAUGAGGCCGAUCCAGGCACCGUCACUUCAGAUCUUCACACCGAGUUCCUGGCCACGGCGUCAUUCAGGCCUUUUGAGAUUGGCAAGGAUGCCCACGGAGUUCCUGGUUUGGUUGACCAGGCCAACGGAAAUUUCUAUUACAAUCUUGAUUCGGUGACUAUUGAGAAACGGCUCAGUAAUGGGUAUUACAAACGACCCAAGGAUUUCCUGGCAGACAUCAAGCGCUUGGCCAAAGACGCGAAGACAAUCGGUGAUGAGGAUCGGUUGCUGAAGGCUAACGAACUUCUGGCAAAUGUCGAGGUCGAUAUUGGAGCCAUUGAACUCGCAGAGCCUGCUUUGGUAGCAGAGUGUGAGCGAGUGUAUCAGCGCGAAUUGGCCAGAGAAAGGGAAGUCUUGAAGAAAGCGCGGCAGACAAACCAACCGAGCAAAGACAUGCCACCACCUCAGGUCGUGUCCAAUGUCCCCCACGGAAACAGCUCCGGUCCUUCGACAACAGCCAACUCUACAGGGCCGAUCCUCUUAGGUGAGCCCAUGCCCCGGCAAAACGAUAUUGUGCAACGACUGGCCGCUGCUGAGGCAAGCCCAUCCACAUCGGUGCUUACGAACGGCGUCCAUCCAACGACCGGCAACGAUGAGGACCAGGGUAAUGCUCGGCAGAGCGGAUCUCAGCCGCAUCAUGAUGCUGGCCAUGAGGCAGACAACGAGGGUGAUACACCAAUGGGAGGUACAGAGUCACAUCCCGGGACGUCGCAUGAAAAGAGCAACGAGACACAAAAAACACAGACCUCGAGCUCUUUCGGCAACCGUGAGUCUGCACAGCCACGGCCGUUCCACUCUUACACUGCACCGUCCCAACAACUAUUGAAAGAAUCAGGCAUGUCGGCACCUCGGUCUCAAACUGGGCCCUUUACGCCUAUGCCUGCGGGCAGUCAACCGGGCGAGUUCCAGAACGACGCAAGCACGACGCAGUCGACAAGUCAGAAAAAGCCGUCGUCGUACGAGACGGAUCAUGGAGGACAAGGACAGCAUCCCGAGUCAGGCCCUAAUUUGUAUUUGUACGAUGAACGACGGUCUGCCGGAGGCAGUCAGAUCCCAUCCACCCAAGACCUCCUCUAUCUGUUGUUUUUCCGUCCAAAAGAAAAAGACCCGAGCUCUUACAUUUGUCCUCGAAUGCAGGUAAUGUCGAAUACUCUUCCCAAGAGACGGGUGGUGCGAGCUCCCAGCCGACUGGAACUGGAGCUGGCGUCGUCGUCGCAAGGACAAACAACACUUCCGCCUGUCCCGGCAUUUCCUGGGUCUGCCACCAACGGCGGCCAGCACGGACAUGGACACGGAAACCAGAUCCAGGACUUGCUCAAUCCAUCCGAUGAGGAUACAGCCCCUCAGACUCGGCGGGCCUCUUCCCAGCAGGUUCAUUUCGAAGAAAAUCGCGAAGAAAACCGUCCCAACCUCGUCCAGGUCGAAGAAGGCAGUCUGGACCGAUUCCACGCCGAAAUCACCGACAAGACUAGCGGUCUUUCGGUCGAGCAGUUGGAGCAGGUGAAUUCGGUGUUGAUGGACACGUUGUGGAGAACGCGUGGGCUAUGGGACCGUCGGGAGGUUUUGGAGCAGGUCACCGAGGCGUUUCAUGAAGUGCUUGCUGAUAUGGUGGAGAGUGGGCAGCAGUUUGGACCUGUUAGUUGGGGGGUGUCUGAUAAUAGUCAAAGUCAGGGUCAGGGUCGGCCUCAGGUUUCGGGUCAACUUGGUCUUGGUCAUGGUCGUGCUACUGGUGGUGCUGCCGGUGUUGGUGGUGUUGGUGUUAGUUCUGCUCAUCAUGCUGCUUACGUGUAG